AUGCCUGAGAACCCAGUGCGCAGGACCAUUGCUACAUUUGUGGUAAUGUUCGCUUCCCGCUAUGUGGUCAACAAGAGCGCUGUUGUCUUGAUCGAGUUCAUCAACAAACUCUUGACAAUUUACGAGCAGGAUUUCCAACUGCCCUUGAGCCUUCCUGGUCUACAGCGCAUGACAGGUUUCUCAGCCAUGACAAAAGGCGUAAAGAAAUUUGUUGUGUGUCAGGAUUGCCACAAGGUGUAUGAGGAAAAUGUGUCUGUUCCUUCUCAUUGUGAUUUUGUGAAGCUUUGUGUGCGCUCGUCUUGCAGUUGUCAAUUGAUGAAAUCAUCGUCAUUGGGUGCUUUGAUAGCUAAACGAGUUGCAAAAAAAGUCAGACAUUGGAACCACGAGUUGAAGAUGAUGAAUACCAUGUGCGAUAUCUACGACGGAGCCGUGUGGAAGGAGCUUAAAGACAGAGGUGGCGUGAAAUUCGCUCAGGAUUCACGGCCUAAGGAACCAAAGUCUGAAGAGAAAAAUUACUAUCUCAAACCUUUGGUACAUGAGUUGGAGAGGUUGUUCGUGGGAAUGAAGAUCCCAACCUUUGAAUGUCCCAGUGGAGCCAAUGUUUGUGCAGCACUGCUGAUGGUGGCCUGCAAUAUUCCAGCUGCUUUGAAAACAAGCGGAUUCACUUCUCACAACAGUACAAAUCUUCAAAAUUGUGUGGAAAGCAAAUUACGUUCUGAAGAGUGGGAAAGUGCUAGUACCCCCUCAGAAAGGCAUCAGCUGGAGUCGUGGAACGAGCGUUGUCCCAUGCAUAAUAUUUUCCUGGGAACGCUGAAGAGGAUGCUGGGUUGGUGGAUCGAAGAAAAGAAGAUGUCGAAAGCCAAUCUCAUCACAAUGCAGAAGACCGCAGAGACAAUGGUGAUUCCUGGCAAGUACACUGCUUUGACGAAAAAAAUCGGCAAAGGGUUUUUGUACAUGAAAACAGACGAGCGGAAGUCGUGGGUACUCGUUUACUCCCCUGUUUUGUUGAAGGGUGUUCUUCUACCCAAUAUGUUCAAGAACUAG